CCGGAGGCACAAGGUGCUGGCGAGGCCGCUGCGGCCCGCGACGACCUUGGACAGUCUGGGAGCACCAACCAUGUCCCACUUCUUCAAGUUUGUGCAGGCAAGGCUGGUCAAGAAACAGCCAAACCACCACAGCCAGAGGCUCCUGAGGAAACUGCAGCAUCUCGUGUGUGACGUGCAACCAGAAGACAGUCCUUAUUCGGGGCUUCUCAUCAGCCCUACGUUGCAAAACAACUCGGAAGAAACAUUCGACGUCAAGCUCAAAAUCUUCUCUGAACAACUCCAUAAGCCAGUGUGUUUCUCUUGUCCGGCAGCUACAAGGGUGGGCUACCUUGUGGAAAGCAUCCAGCCAUUCCUGGGCAGUCCCGGAAAGUAUGUCUUCAAGGUGACCGGCCUCGAUGAGUACUUGUCCAACGAUACCCUACUCAGCGACUAUGCAUACAUCUGCGCCUGUAGACGUGUCGGCAAAGUGGCCUGGUUGACUAUUGUAAAUCUGGACAAUGUGCAGAAGCCAUGGACAUUAGUGACCAGCGAGAGUUGUGAUUUGGACAUUGAUGUCUCGGAGAAGAUAACGUUUGUUGCCGUCAGGGAUGCCUUGGAGACUUUCGAGUCCCAGGUAGAAGAGCUCAUAGGCGUUGCUCUGUCGGUUGGCGGAGAUCUCGUCAAGGCAGCAGGGGACAUCAAAGCCAGUGUGACAGAACUUUGCCAGUUGUUGAACCACACGGAGACAAGUGAACUGUACCAGACAACUACAGACCUCUUAAAUUUUUUCAGAGACACGCUGUCAGAGAAUAGAGAUGGUGUCGACGCCCCCAGAAAGGUGUUCCUUGUGACACGGUUUGUUGAAGACAUUGAACUUGCAAUUGCAAGGUUCCUUGCAAUGCAUUCUCAAAGGCGUAGCGUUGAAUUCACGGUUGAGUUUCUCGAUGAGAGCUUACGACGAAGACGCACCGUAGAUGCUAACGAACUGUUCAGCCCCAAGGUUGAGAUGCUGGUUCAGCUGCAGAAAGCUUGGGUCCAAAACUAUGACAGCUACAGUGUGGACUGCGCAUUAACCUACGGCGAAAGACUCUUUAGUUAUCAGACGACACGACGGUUGUAUGUGACGCAAAGAAUUUUCCAAUGUGUAAACUUUGACGAGUACAUUUCCUUCAAAAACAUUCAGAUUCGAUCCCUUCCCCGAGAAACGAGGAUGUAUCUGACGGUCGUUGGGCACCGAGAUGGAGCUGAUCACGUCCUUGGUUGGACAGGUCUGAACAUCUUUGCAGACCGAGAGCACUUCAAUGGAGGCGAGUUCCUCCUUGGCCUAUGGUCCCCUGAAAUGCUGUCGACACGCGGUCCCGUUUCCGCAAGCGAGCAGAACAAAGGAUGUUUGCUAGUCACACUGCCACAUGUCAAGAACCAGGCAGUCCUCGCCAAAUCCAUCACCAGAAACGUGCGCGAAGUUGUCAGAAAGCCGUUUCAUGAACUCAGUGCCGACGUGCAGCAAACUUUCCUGGACCUGACCGUAACUGAUGUCUCCACGCCCUUGCCCACUUAUGUUCGCGACCUGAUCUGGGAGCACCGGCACCACCUCUGUGACUUCUCAAGCUUGCUGCCUCAUUUGCUGAAGCUCCCGGUAUGCUGGAAUUCAGCAAACAUUGAGGAGACCUACACCCUGGUGCGGUCUUGGUGUCCACUCAGUCCGGAAGAGUCGCUUACGUUGCUCUCCCCCGCCUUCCCAGACAGCCUGGUCAAGAAGUAUGCGGUGCAAUCCCUGCAAAGCGUCGGCAGUGACGAGCUCUCCCUCUACCUUGCGCAGCUGGUCGAGUCUCUGAGGUUCCAAAAUUGGGACGACUCCUUCUUGGCCACGUUCCUCCUGAGGAGGGCCCGGCAGAGCGUCCGCCUCGCUCAUCAGCUCUUUUGGUGGCUCACUGGCAUGAUCAACGAACCGCUCAUGAGGGACAGGGCGCUGAUCAUGCGGAAGGCCCUCUUCUUUGUAGCAGGAGAGAAGGUCACGGCCAGCCUCCUGACGCAGAUCGUCGCAGAUGAAAUGCUAGCCGAAACCGCGCGGAGCGUCAAGCAAGCAGCCGACUCACAAAAAGAGGAGGUGAUGCGAAGAGAGCUUGCCAAGCUCAACAGCUCUUUGCAGGUGCUGAAGUUGAGGCUACCUCUGGACCCGGCAAUAAGCGUCGAGUCCGUCGAUGUGGACACCUGCUGCGUGUUUCCUUCCAAGACACUGCCCGUCAAGCUUGUCUUCCGGUCGUCCGAAGAAGCUGCCGAAAAGAUUGAAACAAUCUACAAGGCUGGCGACGACCUCCGUCAAGACGUUCUCAUACUCACCGUGAUUCGCCUCAUGGACAAGCUUUGGCUGGAGAGCGGAAUGGACCUCAAGAUGCUCACGUUCAAGUGCACAACAACGGGAGAAAGCAGAGGCUUCCUCGAAGCCGUCCGGGAUGUGUCGACGCUACGGACCAUCCAGACUAAUCACUCGGGCGUCACGGGAGCGUUCAGCAACAGGACAAUUGCCGACUGGCUUUGGAAACACAACUCGUGUAGGCCGCAGUACCAGGCGGCUGUCGACAACUUCAUCAAGUCCUGCGCCGGUUGCUGCGUCGCCACAUACGUCCUGGGCGUCGGCGACCGCCACAACGACAACAUCCUUCUGGCCACGUCGGGCCACAUGCUGCACAUUGAUUUCUCGAAGGUCCUGGGCCAUGCCGAGACGUUUGGGGGAAUCAGGAGAGACAGGGCUCCGUUUGCACUCACGCAAGACAUGGUCUACGUCAUCCGGAGGAACGGCGGAGAGGCACAGUUUGUGAGACUCUGCUGCGAAGCCUACAACGUCCUGCGACGCAACUCCAGCCUUUUUCUCGCCCUCUUCAGCAUCAUGAAGCACUCGGGGCUGCCCGACGUCGACCAGGACGCGCUCGCAUACCUGCGACGGUCCAUGUCGCUGGAGGCGACGGACGAGCAGGCGGCGCGGCACUUUGAGAAGCGCAUCCGCGAGAGCGUCAUGACCCUCGCCACCAGCUUCAACUUCUUCAUCCACAACCUGGCGAGCCUGGGAGCCAACACCAGGGAGUGCGCGCUGAGGCUCUCCUUCAACCCCCGUGACUUCAGCAUUGCUGCCGAGGGGAAGAUUGUGCAGCUGACUGUGGAGGACAUCAGGCUGCGCUACCAUCCCGAGCGCUACUACGUCUAUGUUGUCAACGUGGAACGCGAGUUCCCACCGGCGCAGUCGGUCAUCAGGACCUACAAGAACUUCCUCGAACUGUACACCAAGAUGAGUCGCAAGUUUCCCGCUUGCGACUUUCACCCACUCUCGAGAGGUAGUGUCUUCAGCACUGAAGGGGACGAGUCCCUUGCUCUCAAGCGCAAGCGAGACAUCCAACAGUUUCUGGACACGGUGAUGGCUCAGCCGGAAGACGUGUCACACUACAGGCUCGUGUACAGCUUCUUCCAUCCCCUGCCGCGAGACCUUGAACUUUUGAACGGGGCUCCGAUCACCAUUGCCACUUGAAAGAACCUCGAGCUCACCACGUGGGGCCAGUAGGAAUGUCUAGUGCCUGUGUUUUUUUUCGAUUGGCUGACCAUGAUGUAACGCAGUCAUCAGGUAGACCUAACUUCGUCUUGAAACGUGUGUGUUGUCGGUUCUCAAAUGUUUACAAUGGUUGUGUGCAGAACUGCCUACCAAUAUUGGUUGUAUAGAUGAGCCAUGGCGCCCUAUGAGAGUAGCACUUUUAACUACUGCAAAGUUUUUAGAUGCUGCUUAGUGCAGCUUGUACAAUAGAACAGCUUUUCAUCUUCAUAUGUGUAAACAACCACAACUCUCAAGACUUCACUAUGAUAGCAUUAAGUUAUGCACCCUUGCCAACCUCUGUAGCUUCUUUGCUGCAUCAUUUUUGUUGAGCGUUUUUUAAACUACAAAUUAUCUGGACGACAUCUAUAUUGCAUGAAAUGUAAAAUAGUUGUCGGAUUUCGGGUAAGAAUAGUCCCCGAAUCUCCUUUCAAUUGAUGCUUCCUUGACAACUUGCAAUGAUUCGGAACAGCCCCAGCCUUACACAAGUGUACUCAAAGAGAACCCUUCACCUUUUACGUUGGCAUUAGGUACUAGUCAAACAAUCUCUUACAGCAAAGAGCAGUGCCCAAUAUAAUUUUGAAGCUAUUUUUGUAUUUGAACCCAGGACCUUUAUUACAAAACUUGCCCAAACGUGAGUGUAUAUCAACAAUCUGAAGCAGUCGUGUAAAAGAAUAAAAUGUUUCCCCA